UAAUUUUCUUAUAGAUUGUCUUUUAACACUGAACUUUUAUUACGAAAUUCAGAUUUGAAAAGAUACACUUGACACCGGUCUCGUAAGGCCUUAUGCUGUACCGCAAUCUGCAGACUGUAGCGUGGAGUUAUAUACAGUGUGCUGCAGACUGCGAAUUGAACCCCCCCGCCGGCGUGUGGUAGGUUCUCGUCUUGUUGUCCUAGUCUAAACUUUUAAGUUCUGGUGAAAUGGGUGAUCGAGAACUGGAGAGCAUCCGGGCCAAAAGGCUGGCCGAGAUGUCCGCAGGGAGCCAGGGCUACAACCCGAAUAACCAGAAAGCAUUGGAAGAGAAGCAAAGGGAGGCCGAGCAAAGGAAGAACGACGUCCUCUCCACCGUGCUCAGCCAGUUCGCCCAGUCGAGAUUGAACACGCUGAAAGCCGGCAAGCCCGAGAAGGGGCAGAUGGUUGAACAGUUGCUCGUACAGAUGUUUGAACGAGGUCAGCUCAUGCACAAAUUAGAUGACGAAGAGUUCAAAAAUUUACUCGAAAGCAUCAGCAUGCAAACUCAAAAAGAGACUAGAAUUAAGUUCGAUAGAAGAAGACAUGCCAUGGAUUCUGAUGAUGAUCUCGAAUUAGAUGUUUAGUAGCACCGAAUAUCAAACGACUCCCACUAACACCAAAUCUUCUAUUAAAAAAAAAAUCCUAAUUAUUACUAAUAUGACACAAUUAAAUGGAAUUUUCUGUAAA